CACCUCCAACCGCAGGCUUAUAAGUUGACUGUCCACGAUCAAACAAGAUCUACACCAACCUCCGUACCAUCUCCAUCUCUCAGCAGCCAUGAGCAGCCGGAAGCAUAAACACACCACGCGUAAGGUGCAGAACUUCAGCAGUCACUCUCUUGGCUCACACACUGGUUCUGAAAGGACCAUACUCUGCCCUAGGAUCUCGUACUUUGGAGUUGGGAACCAGCCAGCUGUGGGGUCAUCCAUCAACCCUGUGGUGGUGAACAGGAGCCUUCUGGAGCCACUGCAGCUUGACCUGGAUCCCAAUAUUCGUGCAAUCAGAGUACAGGAGAAGGAGCAGAUCAAGACCCUCAAUAACCACUUCGCCUCCUUCAUCGAUAAGGUUUGUCAUCUGGAGCAGCAGAAUAAGAAGUUGGAGACGAAGCUGCAGCUGUUACAGAGCAGCCCUGAGACUGAGUCCAACCUGGAGCCCAUGUACAAGACGUACAUCAACAUGUUACAGUCUCAGCUCAACACCUUGGAGAAGCACAAGGAGUACCUGAAAGCUGAUGCCCAGAGGGCACACUUGCUGGUGGACGAGAACAAAAACAAGUUUGAAGAAGAGCUUCAAAAGAGAUACGCAGCAGAAAAUGUUUUUGUGUGUUUGAAGAAGGAUUGUGACGAUAGUUGCUUGGGCAAAAUGAAACUAGAGGAGCAACUGUCUGAAGUUCUAAAAGACUUGGACUUCUUUAAGGCCUUGUAUGCAGAGGAAAUGCAAGAACUGAAGGAGCAGCUGAAGGACACCUCAGUGGUGGUUGAGAUGGAUAACAGCAGGCAGCUGGACAUGGAGCAGGUGGUGAAGGAGGUGAAGAGUCAGUAUGACAAGGUCUCAACACGCAGCCAACAGGAAGCCGAGGCCUGGUACAAGAAAAAGUUUGAGCUGGUAUCAUCACAAGUUGAGCAGUGCAGCUCAGAGUUGAAGAGCACUAAGAGUGAAACUGCCAAUCUAAAGAGACUGAUCACAAAGCUGCAGGCAGAUAUAACGGCUGUUAAAGUGGAGUGUAAGAGCAAGGAAGGCCAGAUUGUGGAGGCGGAGCAUUGUGGUGAGGAGGCAGUGUCUAACACUAAGCAACAAAUUAAAGAACUGGAGGAGGCACUGCGGAAGGCCAAGCAGGAUAUGGUAAAGCAGGUUCGUGAAUACCAGGAGCUGAUGAACAUCAAACUGGCACUGGACAUUGAGAUCGCCACCUAUAAGAAGCUUCUGGAAGGAGAAGAGAACCGAAUUGGUCAAGAAUCUGUUGUACGUUUCCAGAGAGUGCCAAACAUCAAUUCAGCCUCAGGGGGACCUCCGCCCUACCAAACCACUGAACCGCCCUUUGGAGAAGGAGGUUACACUGAGCCUGUGCAAACUAUCACUUGCACCAACGUUAUCAUUAAGGAGAUCACGACUCAGGACAACUUCAUCUCCGCUAAAGUCUAAUUGUCUUAAAAAGUUAUUUUUCUUCACCUGGCCUUUUGUCUCUUUCAUAUAUGUGAUCUCUUGCCUGUACCUAAUACUGAACAAGCCAGGAACAUAACAUUUUUUCUCUUAGUACUGAAAAAUAUGAAGUCUUUGAUAUAUUCUGUUCCCAGAGUGAGAAAUUGAGCAAAUGGGUGAAUGAAUGUGUGUUCAUGAGAGAGAGAGAGAGAGAGAGAGAGAGAGAGAGAGAGAGAUUAUGUACAUGUGAGUGAUCCAGUGGUUGACAGAGCGAGCGUGUAAAUGAUCUUUAUACAUCACCUAAUGUUUUGUAUUUUGCGUUCAACAUUUUUAUCCAAUAUCAUGCAACCAAACCAUACUUACGACCUUCAUUCCAAUUCUCCACACCUGAAAAAAUUCAAAACACCCAAUAAUUUAGCUUUUUUUUUUUUUUUAACUUUUGUUGAAGUGAAUACUCUAAAAUUUGAAAAACUAACCAAGACAUAUUACUCCAACCAAGGAGGGUUACAAAUGACUUCAUUUUAUUGGAAUAAUCUAUUUCUAAUUGAAAAAAAAAAAUCCGUAUGAAUCUAAUUAGUCUUUAUAACACACUACGUACAGUAUUUUGUUUUACAGCUAACACUUGUGCUGUCUUUUAAUUAUAGCCUUAAAUACUUUACCCUCCAAGUAUACCUAUAGCUUUAGCUCGUGAACUAGCCUUCCUCCAUGCAGGCUUUUCCCCAAGCGGUUGUAGUGCUCGAAAAUUCAUUUUCAGCUCCCCCAAGAACACAAUAUUCAAAUUAGGUCAUUUCGUAGACGUGAAAGUUGAGUGGAGAUGUUUACAACAGAUACAUUCACCGGCCACUUUAACAGGAACUUGUUCUUGAUUCUAAGAUUCCUGUUCUUGGCUGCAGGACUGGAACCCAAUGUGCUCUUCUGCUGUUGCAUGCCGAGAUGCUUUUCUGCUCACCAAAGUUGUAAAGAGUGAUUAUACGAGUUACUAUAUCCAUCCUGCCUGGCAAAAAAAAAGCUUGAACCAAUCUGUCCAAGAGGCCGAAAUGAGUUUCCUUCGCAGGGUGGCUGGGCGCUCCCUUAGAGAUGGGGUGAGAAGCACAGUCACUCGGGAGGAGCUCGGAGUAGAGCCGCUGCUCCUCCACAUCGAGAGGGAUCAGCUGAGGUGGCUCGGGCAUCUUUUUCGGAUGCCUCCUGGACGCCUCCCUGGGGAGGUGUUCCAGGCAUGUCCCCCCGGGAGGAGGCCCCGGGGAAGACCCAGGACACGCUGGAGGGACUAUGUCUCUUGGCUGGCCUGGGAACGCCUCGGUGUUCUUCGCGAGGAGCUGGUCGAGGUGUCUGGGGAAAGGGAAGUUUGGGCUUCCAUGCUUAGACUGCUGCCUCCGCGACCCGGUCCCGGAUAAGCGGAAGAAGAUGAGACGAGACCAAUCUGUCCAUUUUCCUCUGACCUUUCUAAUCAACAAGGCGUUUAUUUCCACCCACAGAACUGUCACUCACUCAUUCAGUGUUUUUUGUUUUUCGCACCAUUCUGUCUGUGUAAACUCUAGAGACUGUUUGUGAAAACCCCAGGAGAUCAGGAGCAGUUUCUGAAAUACUCAAACCAGUCCAUCUGGCUCAAUGCCACAGUGAAAGAAAGUCACACUCUGAGAUCACAAUUUUUCCCGUUCUGACGUUUGAAUACUGUGAACGUUAAUUAACUGAAGCUCGAUUUGUAUCUGCAUGAUUUUGACCGCAUUGUGAUGCUGUCAAGUAGGGCUGCGUACCGGUACUGUACCGUGAAAAUCGAUUCGGUACAGGUCCAAAAUACCGGAUCAUGAAGUACCGGUACUGUACCGAUAUAAAUUUACACCAAGUAUAUGCUUAUUUUGUGACUGGAGAUGUGUAAAUCCUACCACAAAGACAAAAAUUUAGCACUGGAAAAGACAUAAAAUGCCGCGCUGAAACUUGAAAUCAGAGCCAUCUUUGAUCUGAGAUCCUCUCGCCACAGUCUCACGAGACAUUGCGAGAGCUUGGCUGAUCCAGCGUUCUGAUUGGUCAAAAAGACUCAAAAGCAGGUCAGCCAUUUUUCCUUUGCUGGCAUUGGCGGCCUUUGUUGCUUUGUGUAAUUUUGCCGCGUAAGUUAAAGGCCGCGGAGUGAAUUUGUUUGUCAUGCCACGUGGGAAGACCAGUAAGGUCUGGGAUCACGUAACAAAGCUUUCAGGGGGCCAGAACGCAAGGUGCAAAACCUCUGUAAUGCCACCAUUCAGUGCAGCGGUGGAACGUCUAACAUAGCAAAACAUUUACGCCGUCAUCACAAGAUUGAGACAACUCCACAUGAGUCUGGAACGAAUCAUUGCGUCCAUGUUCAACAUUAAGGGUAAGUUUUUGUUUUGUUAAGCUAAGAAUGUAGUAGAAUUCUGUAGUACUCUAGUCACUUCUCAGAUACUUUGAAAGUUUUAACUAUAUGUUGUCUGUACUCUGUAGUACUCUAGUGUAGUCACUUCUCGCUGUGAGACAACUUAUGACUUUUUGUCCCAAGUUAACCAAGUGUGAGACAGAGAGGGUGACUGAGAAGUGAGGUAGGAAACCUAGUUAUGUUCGGUUUUCUUUGAAUAAAGAUACUGACAAGUUGUCAACAGGUUUAUUAAUGUUUCUGUCAUUACUGAAGAAGUUCAGAAGAACACGUUAAUUUGUCAAAUUGUUCAGGUACAGGUCCGGACCUGUACCUAAACCUCUGUACCGGUACCUGAUGUCAUGUUUAGGUAUGCAGCCCUACUGUCAAGGGAUCAGCUGAUUAGAGAACUGCAUAAUAAAACAGCAGGUGUAUGUAUGAGUGUUCCUAAUAAACUGGCCAGGGAGUGUAAUGCA